UAUUAUUCUAACCUGUCAUUAGCAAUUAUGAUCACCGAUAAAGUAGUGUCAUAUACGGAAAAUAUUUGGUUAAAAUUGCUCGAGGUCCGAUAAUGCACUUUUCGUAACUCAGGGAAUAUAAGAGAAAAAUAGGCGUAAUUUGAUUAUUAUAACUAAUUAAGAUGUGGAGACACUACAAAUUGCUUUACAAUAGAUGUGCAGUACAAAAGAGAAGUAUUUUCUCCAGCAGUCGCAAGACAGCAGGAGUAGUUUUGAAAUCUACUGAUAUAGUUUCUGAAGAUCCAGAAUAUGCACUUCCUAAGGAGGCACGAGUAGUCAUAUGCGGAGGUGGAGUUAUGGGAGGUGCUGUAGCUUAUCAUUUAUCCCUUAUAGGAUUAGGACCAGAGACUAUUUUAGUGGAGAGUAACAAACUAGGAGGUGGAACAACAUGGCAUACAUCAGGAUUGGUAGGAGCUUUCAAACCUAGCUUAGCUCAAGUUAAACUUGCUCAAGACAGUAUUGCGUUAUAUCAGGAAUUGGAGAAAAAAGGUCUUCCAACUGGCUGGAAACAAUGUGGCAGCCUUUUGUUGGCACGUACAAGGGAUCGUAUGACUACAUUCAGACAAAUGAAAGCACAAUCUGUAUCAUGCGAUAUCGACUGCCACUUAGUCUCACGAGGAGAGAUUCGGGAUUUGUGUCCGUUACUACAAGUUGAUGAUCUUGUCGGAGGAUUGUGGAUUCCAGAAGAUGGUGUGGGUGAUCCUUACCAGAUUUGUUUGACUCUAAUCCAAGAGGCACAAAAAAGAGGUGUUACAGUAUAUGAAAAUUGUGCAGUUACAAAAGUUAUUAACCAAAAUGGCCAUGUGGGAGCAGUAGAAACAACACAUGGCACCGUCAAAUGUCAACAUUUCGUCAACUGUGCUGGAUUUUGGGCACGGAAUGUCGGUAAACUGAGUGAGCCACACGUAAAGGUACCACUUCAUCCAGUAGAACACUAUUACUUGCACACUAAACCUAUUGCUAAUUUAGAUCCGAUGACUCCUGUUAUACGCGACCUGGACGGAUAUAUCUACUUUCGAGAGAAUAACGGGCGCCUGUUAGCCGGCGGUUUUGAACCGAUGGCAAAACCGGCGUUCGAAGAUGGCGUUAUUCCUGAAAGCAAAGACAAGACAGUUUUACCGGAGGACUGGGAUCACUUCCACAUCUUGCUGGAACAGAUGCUGCAUAGAGUUCCGAGUUUAGGCAAUGCGGUCCUGGAGAGACUCUGCAAUGGGCCCGAGGCGUUCUCUCCGGAUUGUAAGUGGAUUGUGGGAGAGGCGCCAGAGAUACGUAAUUAUUACGUCGCAGCCGGGAUGAAAACGGUCGGGAUAUCCGCUGCCGGCGGGGUCGGUCGCGCCACGGCGGAAUUGAUAGUCAGCGGCGCGACGUCGUUGGACAUGUAUGAAUUGGACGUCACGCGUUUCCUCGGGCUGCACAACAAUCGCAAAUUUUUGCGUGACCGAGUGCGGGAGGUGCCCGGGAUGCAUUACGGGUUGCAGUAUCCGCAUCACGAGUUCAAGACCGGCAGGAACUUGAGGGUGUCGCCGAUCUAUCCGAAACUCCGAGACGCGGGCGCCGUUUUCGGCCAAGUCAUGGGCUAUGAGAGACCAUCCUGGUUUCAGCCGGACGAAGAAGAAUUCCCCGAUGGUUUCCAAAGAUAUAAGAUAGCGUACACGAACACCUUCGGCAAGCCUCCUUGGUUCGACCAAGUCGCGCAAGAAUAUGCCGCUUGCAGAGAGAUGAUUGGUCUGAGCGAUUAUUCCUCUUUCACCAAAAUCGACUUAUGGUCAAACGACACGGAAGUCGUCGACUUACUACAAUACUUGUGCUCCAACGACGUCGACGUGCCCGUGGGAAGUAUUAUCCAUACCGGUAUGCAGAAUUAUCGCGGAGGUUACGAGAAUGAUUGCAGCUUAGCACGAAUCGCGCCGAAUCACUACAUGAUGAUCGCCCCCACGAUUCAACAGACACGUUGUAAGUAUUGGAUACACCGUCAUUUGCCGUCGGACGGCUCCGUCGCUGUGUCCGACGUAACAUCGGCUUACACCGCCAUCUGCAUAAUGGGCCCGGCGACCAGAAAGCUGUUAACCGAACUGACUGACAUAGAUCUGAACCCAAAAAACUUUCCGUUUUUUACGUUUAAGGAAUUAGACGUUGGACUGGCCAAUGGUAUUCGCACGAUGAAUCUAACGCACACCGGAGAACUCGGCUACGUCUUAUAUAUUCCAAACGAGUUCGCGUUGCACGUAUACACGAGAUUGAUAGACGUCGGGUCGAAAUACGGAAUGAAACACGCUGGAUAUUACGCGACGCGAGCCUUACGGGUGGAAAAGUUCUACGCGUUUUGGGGACAGGAUCUGGAUACGUUCACUACUCCCUUGGAGUGUGGAAGAUCGUGGCGUGUGAAGUUCGAUAAAGGAGUCGACUUCAUUGGUAGAGACGCUCUGUUGAGGCAACGUGAACAAGGAGUCAAGCGCAAGUACGUGCAAUUGUUGUUGAACGAUCAUGACGUCGAAUUCGAUACGUGGUGCUGGGGUGGUGAACCUAUUUAUCGAAACGGAAAGUAUUGCGGCAUGACGACGACCACGGGUUACGGGUUCACGUUCAAAAAGCAGGUGUGUCUUGGAUUCGUACAGAAUUUGGACUCGAAGGGUCAUCCGCAAGAGGUAACGAACGAGUACGUGUUGUCGGGGAAUUACGAAGUGAACGUCGCUGGAAUCAUGUAUCCCGCGAAGUGCCACUUGCACAGCCCGAACUUACCGACGAAGUUUCCCGAUAAAGAGAGAGACGCUUAUCAUGCUACGCGCGAUCACCAACCCUUGUAGUUUCCCUCGAGCGAUCGUAACGUGUCAUGUAUGUGUACAAACGGUAUAUGUAGAAAAAGAUUUACUAAAUCAUUUAAUACAAGUAUCAAACUCAUAAGUAUUACGGCUACAUUGAAAGACUGAGAAGUCACAAUAAAAAUUUCAUAGAAUAAAGAACCGUGUCGUUAGAUGUUACAUCGGAUCGACCAUGUAUAUUAUUCAUUUUUCUUUGCCAUAACUUGCUUUUAAAAAAAGUCGCACUCACGUAUCGUGUUAUAAUGCUAUGUAGUUAUGUCACAGGUUUCUUUAAGACGUUAUCGUACAUUUCAAAAAUAGUUCCUAAAAAUAAUUGCUAAGCUUCGCGCGCGCGCUGCAUAUUUAUGUAUAUAUAACUGUUCCUUCUGUAUCAUAAAAUGUCUUCUGUGUCAAUAAACGGUAUAUUUAACGUUCUUGAA